UUUCUAAUCUUUGUAACAGAUAACAGAUGGCGCUGCUGUUCACGACUGCUGUUGUAUAUCACAUAGGUCGCUCAAUACAUCCGUUUCUUUCUUUCUGACGUCUGUCAAAAACUAGAAACAUGGCUGAGGUCGAGGAAACUCUCAAGAAGAAACGUACCUUCAGGAAGUUUACCUUCCGUGGAGUUGAUCUUGAUCAGCUCCUUGAUAUGCCAAAUGAGCAACUCAUGGAGUUGAUGCACGCUCGUGCCCGCCGGCGAUUCGCCAGAGGGCUCAAGCGCAAGCCGAUGGCGUUAGUCAAGAAGCUGCGCCGCGCCAAGAAGGAAGCGCCUCCGAAUGAGAAGCCAGAAAUCGUCAAAACUCACUUGAGGAACAUGAUCAUCGUCCCUGAGAUGGUCGGCUCUAUUGUUGGCAUCUACAACGGAAAGACAUUCAACCAGGUUGAAAUCAAGCCUGAGAUGAUUGGCCACUACCUCGGCGAGUUCUCAGUCACAUACAAGCCUGUCAAGCACGGUAGGCCCGGUAUUGGUGCCACGCACAGCUCUAGGUUCAUUCCUCUCAAGUAGACGGGAACAACUUCUUAGGCUAAGCUUAAAAAUGUGCACAGCGGUACAAUAAAGUAUCAUGGGCAAUAUAAA